CAGGCGUUGCUUGAAGCAUAUCGAGGAGGAUUGGGAGAACGUUUUCAACGCGGACGCGCGGGACAUUAUGCUAAAAUCCGCGAGGACAGGAAAACGCCUGGUUACCAUCUGCGGUGUUUUCAUGUACAGCGGCGUCAUUACCUUUCGAACAAUUCUGCCAUUGUCCCAGGGAAAGAUCGUCACCGAUCAGAAUGUCACGCUGAGACAUUUUGCCUGUCCCGGUUAUUUUUUUUCCCUCGACGUGCAAGUCAGCCCCGUUUACGAAACGGUCUUUGUAAUCCAGUCUCUAACAGGAUUCAUUACAGUCUCGGUCGUGACAGGUGCAUGUGGCCUCACGGCGAUUUUCGUGGUGCAUGCUUGCGGCCAGCUGAAAAUUUUGAUCAACUUGAUGAGAAGUUUCGUGCAGAAACAGUGGCGAGAGGAGCGUGAAGUGGAUGAGAAACUAGCUGAAAUAGUCGAGCAUCAAGUAAGAGUGCGCAAUUUUUUACGAUUGGUGCAGCAUACCUUACAGGAAAUAUAUCUGAUGGAAAUCCUGGUGAACACGAUAGCCAUUUGCCUUUUAGUGUAUUUUAUGUUAGUGGACUGGCAAAAUAAGAAUAUAACAACUUUAUGCACUUAUGUAGUAAGCGUUGCAAACAUAGUAAUACACAUAUUUCUAUUUUGCUAUACCGGUGAACAGCUUAGCAGCCAGGCGGAAAAGGUAGCCAUUGCAUCCUGUGAACUUGAAUGGUAUCGUCUUCCGGACAGAAACAUGCGUAGCGUCGUAUUGCUGAUGAUUGUGUCUAACGCGCCGACCAAGAUCUCUGCUGGAAAGUUCAUGGAUCUCUCGCUCAGGACAUUUGGUGCUGUCAUGAAAACAGCUGGAGCGUAUUUUAAUAUGCUCCGAAGUGUAGUCGAAUAAAUAUUUAAAUUCUAAUAGUUGAAUUACAACGUAAACUGUAUAUGAUAUACUCAUCAUAUCAUAUUGUGUGAAU